GUGGUGGCGCUGGUGACCGCAGCUUCGCGGGGAUUACAGCGAACGGUCGUAGUAAAAUGCAACAAUGGGCGAGAACGGGGAAAAAGGGAAAAAAGACAGCACUGUGUGCGCUAGCUGCUACAACGCGAUAGAACCGGAACAGCAUGUGGCCGCCGUUGGUCAGUUGUGGCACGCGGAAUGCUUCAGGUGUUCGGUGUGCGAUGCACGACUGUCGAGCUGGUACUUCGAAAAGGAUGGCUUACUGUUCUGCAAGGAGGACCACUGGUCCAAGUUUGGCGACUGCUGUCAGCAGUGUUCUCAGGUUAUCUCCGGGCCUGUUAUGUUCGCAGGCGAUCACAAGUUCCACUCGGAGUGCUUUCGAUGUGAAUCGUGUAAAGUUUUCAUCGCCGAAGGGGAAACCUACACACUGCUGGAACGGUCAAAGCUUUACUGCGGUCAAUGCUACAAACGCCACCAGAGCGCCCUUGUAGAAGUGUCCCGUAACGGCACAACAACAACGUCCUCGAUUGUGCGCGGUGAGAAGGCAAAGCAACAACCACUUCCGCAUACGAUCCGUUUGGUGGAGAUACCCUGGACCAAUGCGCGUACCGAUCGUAUCCGACUGGCCACGGACGACAAACUGUUCGGUGCGUCCGGCAAGGGCGCUGGCGCCGGUUGCAAGAGCGUACGAAUAUCGGAGGUAACGCUCAAUUCGGAUUUGAUGUCAUUGCGCGUUGGCGACAAGGUACUGGAAGUAAACGGCACCCCGGUGCGCGAUGUGCCGUUGGAAAAUUUGCAAAAUCUCAUCGAAAACUCGACGGGCAAAGUGCUGCAGCUGACGGUUGAACAUGAUCCUGAGCUGCUCGAUCCGCAACAAAGACCGGUCAAUGGAGUUCUGUCCGCUUCCUACUGUGGGACGCAAUGUCCCGAUACCUGCAACAACAACGAGGAUGGGGAUAAUCAGUCCAGCCGGAGUCUGUCACCGAGUAAGCUGGAGCGUAUCUUUAGGAAAAACGAUGAGGGUUACAUGAGUGGAUCAUCGAGAAAGCUACAAAAACGCUUGAAAGAUGUCAAUUGCAAUACUGCUACCAAUAGUUUAAAGGAAAAAGAGCGCAGCUCCAGCAUGUCCCGGCUGCUCGACGAACAUCGCAGCAUUGCGGCCGGCGGCGAGUUCUAUGACCUCUCGCGUACAAAGUCGUUCCGCGUGGAACCGAAGGCGGCCCGUAUCUUCCGCGCGUCGGAUCUGGUGCAGGGUGAGCUGCUUGGGAAAGGGUUCUUCGGUCAGGUGUUUAAGGUGACGCACCGUGUAACGCAGGAGGUGAUGGUGCUGAAAGAACUGUACCGGGUGGACGAGGAGGCACAGAAAAACUUCCUCAAGGAAGUCGCCGUACUGCGCUCCCUUUCGCACCACAACGUGCUCCGCUUCAUCGGCGUCCUGUACAAGGACAAAAAGCUGCACCUGGUGACCGAGUUUAUACCGGGCGGGUCGCUCAAGGAGCUGAUACACGAUUCCGGCCAGCCGCUGAGCUGGGAGCAGCGAAUAUCGUUCGCACGGGACAUCUCGUGCGGCAUGAGCUACCUGCACUCGAUGAACAUUAUCCAUAGGGACCUGAACUCGCUGAACUGCUUGGUGCGGGAGGAUGGGACGGUGAUUGUGGCGGACUUUGGCCUGGCGCGUAUCAUCAAACAGCCGCUGCUCAGUACGGCCUACGAAAAGUGUCCCGCAGCAAACGGAAAUGGGACGAUCGGGAGGAGGGGCGUGCGCCCGCGGAGGCAACGGUACACGGUGGUGGGUAAUCCGUACUGGAUGGCCCCGGAGAUGAUGCGCGGUAACAAGUACGACGAGAAGGUGGAUAUUUUCUCGUUCGGCAUUAUGCUGUGCGAGAUUAUUGGGCGCGUGCAGGCCGAUCCGGACUACUUGCCGAGGUUGCCCGACUUCGGGCUGAACCAGACGGUGUUUCGGGAGAAGUUUUGUGGCCAGUGUCCGGAGCCGUUCUUCAAAAUUGCGUUCCUGUGCUGUGAUCUGAAUCCCGACAAGCGACCUCCAUUCCAUGUACUGCAAGACUGGCUAGAGACCAUGGUGACGAUGACGGCCUUGAAUAAGCCACUUCCGGCCAAGAUUGUGUACGACAUCGAGCACUUCAAGGGACAACGCAGCACGGAUUCGAGUUUGUGCACCACACCCGAUGGGCUGGCCACACCGCCACCCUCCUCCGCCGGGUACUCCCUCAAACCUUCGCUCAGCCGGAAGCGCAUCUGCGAAGGGCCGGAAGAUACGGUUGAACCACAACCGAAACUGAGCGACCUACAAACGACUUCUAGUCUGGACGUGGUGGACGGGGCUAUCGGCGGUGUGAGGCCACCGUGUACCACCGUAUCACCGCAUGCACCACAUGCACCACCCGCUGUGGAAAACAAUGGUGGCUCCUGUUGUCCCGAUAGCAACAACGGUUUCAUUGUGGCAGACUGUAUCGAAAUUCCAAAGUCACCGCACCUGGGAAAAGACUUUUCCGCUAAUGGCGACCGUAUUCGGGACAGUAUUCGAGCGAAACGGCGCCAUCGGAUGAUGCUGAGUCGUGAGAAUCAACGAAAGUCGCUCGAUUCUAGUGUUUUGGCGGCAAGGCUCGGUGCCGAUCGGUUGUUUGCCGACGUGAACGAUGCGGUUGACAAUGGAAGUGCCUCGGAACCGAUCAGUUUAAUCAUGACCAGCGAGAUGAUCGCGAACGAUGCUGCUAAAAUCGUGGACGCGAGUGCUGGUGGUCGGGAGCGACCUUCCACGGACGAACUGUUGGCUUCGGUGAAGGAUAGUUUGGAGUUGAACAAAUCACUCAUCGGUAUCGGGGACGGCAUGCGACCGAACGAUGGAGGAUGGGGUCCUAUUCCGGCCAAGGUUAAACAUUACGGCGAGAAAGGGUUCGUCAUCCACGUGCAAAAUGGACACCUUACGCUCAACAACGUGCGCGAUCUUGAAAACUGUUCCGAUUUUGAUUCGAGUUGUGACACUAGCCUUAACUACAUCGAGGUGAAUGGAAACCGGAUGGAGAGUGAAACCUGCGAGACGCCGGAGGUGGAGGUGAAGUGUGACGCCGUGGUUUCAAGCGCGAGAGGAGGACCCGCUCUGACUUCCAGUCCACCAGCUCCAUUGGAACCGGUCCACUCGACACGCGGUACAUGCGAGAAGGAAAAUAUCUCCACUGAAUCUCCGGUGCCAGCGUUGGGAAAGGCGAAAAUUACUCCAACCCAAACGAAGCCAAACUUUUCUCCCUUCACUCCGAUACCGGCGGAAAGGAACAGCUCGAUCGGUAACGGAACACUUCCGGCAAAGGUGGAGGAGAAAAAGCAACCCUCCAGUGCACAGAAAGCCGUCCAGUACACUAGGAAACUAUUUCGCAGUGCCAUGGAACCGACGCCAACGGUUUUGGCAAACUCUUCCAAGCCGGUUCAUGACCUUCCCGGAACGCAUCUUCCCUCGAGUACCGUUAAAACCAGCACCACAAGCCGUGGCCAUACCCGCACGGGUUCGUCCGAACGGUCGGCGUUGUUUUCGACAAAGCAGAAAAUUUCUCCUACCUCCGAUCCGGAACCGCAGCCCAGUUUCGGUGCAUCGCCCGGGGUGACAGGGGCGGGAAGCUCGGCACGUCCAAAGUCAAACACGGUGCUAAAUUCCGUGUUCUCGUACAAAUCGAAACCAAAUGAGCCCGUGAUGGACGGUGCGCGUGUGGCUCAUGGCGGUAACAUUUUCACUUCCAGUGGAUCCGUCGUACGACGCGCUGGCGCGAAAGGCGCCAGUGGGAAAGCGUCCCCGGGUGACGUGAUGAAUGCUGCGUGCGUUGAGAGUAUACCGCCGGCCACUGGUAAGCCACCGAUCAGUACCUACACUCCUGCGGCCCUCGUGGGAACCGGGAGCUCGGGUGGUAGCAUAUUGCGGCUCGGAAAAGGCACUCGCAAUUACCGUCCGGUGGAGAAGAUGACGGCCGCCGCUGGCGAGUGUAGGACGGCCACCGGGGUGAGGGUGGAAAAGUACACAACGCUUUCACCUCCGAGUGGAAGCAGUGGCAGCAACUCUCGAACGAACUCUCCCUCGCCACCCGUACCGAACGGGACGCGUUCUUCGGUUGGUGGAACGGCGGGAAGUCGCACCAUCGGUAUCCUUUCACCGUCCAGCAUUCGCCGGCUAAAUGCACGCCUGCUAGAAGCACGCAAGGGUAAUGGGUCGUUUGCGUCGGAACAGCCGACUCCGACCGUACCGACGGUCGUUCCCCGGGCCAAGGUGGCGACAAUUGUUUCCAUCUCCGGUGGCACCAAGCUACCGGGUGUGGCACGAAAAGUGCCUCCGAUAACGGCUAGCUCUAGUGGCACCGGUAGAGGUACGAUUAUUAGCGCUGUUGCCGGAUGCUCGAGAGAGCGGCGAUCCACCCGAUGUCCAGGCGGGGGUGGUCCACACAUGGGUGUGUAAAUUUGUAUCUGCAUAGAACUAAGCUGUAGCGGCUUAAAAUCGCUUUACAAAAGUGUCGUGUUAGAACGGUUGAAAAACCUUCCUAAGAACUUUACGUUUAAAGUUUCGGAGUACCAUAAUGAAACUCACAUGAGAAAAAGACGCUCACUCUUUCCAACAGUAUUGCAAUUGCAAACCCUUGAUGUAACUGCAAUUUGCAAACGAAAAGCAAUCUACUAACGGCUCAACGCGAAGGAAGCGAAGGAAUGCAAAGUUUACCAACAACUCUCACCUCCAAACAAGCCUGUCCGAAAGGCACCGCACCGGUUUAAAUACGACUUUUCUUCCAAGCACCUUUUAUUCAAGCACCCCAUUUUCGCCGGAACGGUCAACAUGAGCGUACGGCACACCAGCCACAAACGACAACUACUUAUUACCUACUAACUCUACCUACCAAUACACACCUAACUGCUAACUGUUUGCCAUCGGUUCCGCCUGCUCGGAUCGAUGGAAUGUUGCGCCUGUUUUAUCUGUACCGAAGGCAACUUUGUGCCCGCAUCAUUUGCUCUGGCGUUUGAGGACCCCACACAUCAUUUGGGGUUUCAAUUGUCAAGCAUCCUUGGAUGCUUCUGUGUAUAGUUUAUACUUAUUGUAAUACGUUCCAUGAAAAUACGUUAGAUUUGGUUGAUGCAGAACCGUGAAAAUUCCAGCAUACCCCUAAAAUUCCAUUAACUGGCUGCUAAAAAUGUUUUUGAAUACGCAUUAAGAUAAGCGACAGCUCAGCGCGUUGAUAUUUUACCAAACAAAAGUGUAUAAGUUUUUAGUAUCGUUAGUUUAUAUUCGUUUUAACAAAAAUGACAUCUUCAUCCUUUUUUAAACUGACUAAUACUCUCUCCUGUCCCCGAUCUCUAUUUUUUAUGUGUUUUGCACAUAUGUUUCAAAGGCGCUGAUGCUUUAAAAAGACUGCUUUUCUUCCGCACACCCCACAAUGUAUUAGGAUCUUUUCUUAAUGAACCUUACUUUGGAAUCUAUAUUUUUAUGACAAGUAGAUCAACAACAGCGAAAACACCCCCUUAGCAAGAUGAAGUUACUAACCGGACUGUGAUAUUGUGAAUUAUAUGGAACGCUGUAGUGUAUAGAGAAUGCAUUCGUGACACUUUAUUACAUUUGAACCGUUUAGUUUUUAGCAGUAAAAAAAAAGUUCGAACAUUAACGUGACUCUCGUCGGCUGAGGGAGCCAGGACCAGGGGGAGAUCCGUAACCCAUGAAGCAAAAGACAUUACCGAAAAGUGGUAUCGCACUCAAGAAGUAGAGUAGAGUAGAGAAGUGUCCCCAGGUCGACCGAAGGACGUAGUCGUUAGUUACACUUAGUUUAGCACCUUAAGUUUUACCAUUUUAUUUUGAUAAGAGAGCAUGACGAAAGCAGUGUAUGUUAGGGUUAGGCGAUGCUGGUUCCGAAUGAAAAUAAAACAUUCGUCAAGACUUCCACUA